GCGCGGGGUCUGGAGGUUGCCCCUCGGGAUUUGCGCGGCGGCGAAGAGGGGGAAGGCAGCCCCCUUGCACCCCAAAUUGUCGGUGUGUGACCGCCCCGGCCAGAGGCGCCUCCAGGAAAGCGCUCCCGCCUUGGAGCCGGCCCGGGACCCCACGUAAUCCUCUGCAUUUGUUUACGCGGAAGCGUUGGUGCUGCAGAACGCUGGAUGGAGCGAUCUCACUUCCUGGCUCCUUUGCAUCCCACUAGUGAUUCUUUGGAAGCAUUGCUGUACUAGCUUUGAAGUCACACUGGAAUGAUCACCAAGACCCCAAAAGUAGACCUGGGCCUUGGGCUGCCAGAGAAGAAAAAGAAGAAGAAGAAGGUGAUCAAAGAACCAGAGACUCAAUACUCAGUUUUAAACAGUAACAAUUGUUUUGCCAAUGUUUCUCCUAUAAGAGCCACAUCCCCCCCUAAGAUUAUGGUCCAAGGGGAGACACCUGAGAUGCCUCUAGUGAAGAAAAAGAAAAAAAAGAAGGGUUAUAGCACCCCUUGUGAGGAGCAACUAGAACCUGAGACCACUUGUCAUGCCAGACAGACAGAGAAGUCACCCAGCCCCAGGAAGCAGGUGCUUAGCCACACGGAAUUUCUCCGUGGGGAGAAGAAAAAGAAGAGGAAGUCCUCAUUACCUCCAACCAUGUCCCAUGGGUUGGGGGCAAAGACCUCUCCAGACCCCAGACAGAAUGAGGAGGUGGCAACCAGAGUUGGCAAGAAGGUCAAAAAACACAAGAAGGAUAAAAAGGCCCAGGACCCUGCAGCCUUUUCAGUCCAGGACCCUUGGUUCUGCAAUGCUGGGGACGGGUACACCUGCUCAGUGGGGCGGGAGGGUAAGGAGCAGGCAGCCCCAGGGCAGAAACGGAAGCAGGGGAGUGCCAGGGAACCGAGCGGGAAAGGGAAGAAGAAAAAAAAGAUCUACCAGGAGGGAGACACCCUCCUAGGGCACUCCAAGCUCUCCAGGUCCACGGAGAGCAGUCCUAGAAAAGGAAGUAGAAUGAAGCCAGUUAAAAUUGAUGCUCCAGAAUACAUCCCCCUAGGAGAUGGCCCCAAGGCACCAGCAAAGAAAAAAAUGAAAUCCAAGAAGAAGGUAGAGCAGCCAGUCAUGGAGGAGGUGGCUCUGAAAAGGAAGAAGAAGAAAAAGAGGAAGAAAGACAGCGGUGUAGUAGGAGACCCUUGGAAGGAGGAUCCAGACCCAGACCUAGAGGUGGUGUUGGAAAAGAAAGGGAACAUGGAUGAGGCGCACAUUGACCAGGUGAGGCGAAAGGCCUUACAAGAAGAGAUUGACCGUGAGUCGGGCAAAACGGAAACGUCUGAAACCAGGAAGUGGACAGGAACCCAGUUUGGCCAGUGGGAUACUGCUGGUUUUGAAAAUGAGGAACAGAAAGUGAAAUUUCUCAAACUUAUGGGUGGCUUUAAAAAUCUGUCCCCUUCAUUUAGCCGGCCCCCUAGCAUGGCUGGAAGGCCCAACAUGGCCCUCAACAAGAAGGCAGCUGACACUCUGCAGCAGAACCUGCAACGGGACUACGACCGGGCCAUGAGCUGGAAGUACAGCCGAGGAGCUGGCCUUGGCUUCUCUAAUGCUGCAGACAAAAUCUUUUAUAUUGACAGAAACGCUUCUAAAUCUAUCAAGUUUGAAGAUUAAAUUCUACUGUUUUGUCCUGCAAAAUAGCCAAAAUUGCUUUUAUUCUUCAGUUAUACCAAUGAAAGCCAGUUGUCUCAAAUUGGACAGCUAUGAAGAUUAAAGACAACUAUCUUGGUGGGCUUAGAUGAGCUGGGGUGGGGUUGCUCAUGUUUCAGGAGUCAGGGGAACAAGUGAGUGGCUGAAACCUACUCUUUUCUAUGUGAAGCAUUCCGUCCGUCUUGGAGAUGUGAAUGUGUAUAUAUAACAAUAGCUAACAUUUGUUGGAUGUUCAGCAUGUCAGGCAUAUACUAAAGUAUUUUCCUUGCAUUAAUGUAUUUACUCUUCAUAAUUAUGAAAAGGGUGCUAUUAUUAUCCCCAUCUUAUAGAUGAAGCAAGCGAGAUUCAGGGAUAAAGUUAUAAAAUUGCCCAGGGUCGCCCAACCAGUAAGCAUAAAUUAUACUUUUAUACCCCAGACCCUGAGUCACUAUUUAUUAGAGGGACUGUCCCUUAUAGGGAAUUUCGUCUCACCUGGAAUAUUUGUGGGAGAUUUUUAUUUGCGGGUCCACUGGAGGACAAGGUUAUGUUGUACUGUCUUGGCAAGAGUGCAGUGGCGUGAUCAUACCUCCCUUGAAU